CACAUAACAAAAAGAGAAGGAGCAUGGAGAGGAAGCACAUGGGCAUGAAUGACAUCCUCCCUCCAGAGCUCAUUCACCGAAUCCUUCUAAGGGUACCCGCCAGAGACCUGUUUCGCCUCAGAUUCAUUUCAAAACUUUGGCACUCUCUCAUAUCCGAUCGAGACUUUGCGGAAUCACAUUACGACCUCAACUCUGCCGCAUCUUCCCAUUCGCACUUCUUCUUGGUAAAAAACUGUACUCAUGCUUGGUGUAUUCAGCUCGACACGCUAUUUGAUGUUGCAGCAGCACCACCAACACACAAAGAGGUAUUUCUCCCUUCCAGGAAGAUGCCAUCAUUGCCAUGUUCUCUUUUUCGUACCGUGGGAUCCUGCAGAGGCUUUGUUCUCUUAAAAAAACCAGAUUUUCUUGUUAUAUUGAAUCCAGUGACUGGAUCCAGCAAAACAAUAUCUUACUCUCAUAUUAAGGUCCCGUGCCAUGAUUUAAUUCAAUAUGGAUUUGGUUUCGAUGCAUCACGAGAUGACUAUUUAAUAGUUCUAUCUUGGCUUGAUAACUACAUGCAACACCGUUUAGUUUGCUUUUCGUUGAGAACCAAUUCAUGGAUUAAUCUCGAUGCAGCACUCCCCAAAUCCAUGUGUAGGUGGAAGCAGCAACUUUCUGGGUGGUUCUUACAUGGCGCUAUUCAUUGGUUGUGUUACUCUAGUCAAGAUUACAUUGAUGAUGGUAUUCUUAUCUUUGAUUUGAAGGAAAGGAGUUUCUCCAAGAUAUCUAUGCCAAAACAACUCGAAGGAUGUCAUCCCAUCAAUCUCAUCAUAUUAGGAGGGUGCCUAGCCUUGUAUUGGAAUGACGUUGACAACAAUAAAACUAAGAUAUGGGUUAUGAAAGAAUAUAAAGUGCCGUCAUCUUGGAUUUUAAUAUAUGAGAUUCCUUAUGGUAUGCCUCUAUGCAUAUCCAAUAGAAGUGACAUUAUUGCGCUUAAUUUUACUCAGAUGUAUUCCAAUAUAAGGUUUGCCAAAUAUAACGUCAGUGGAGAGCUUCUAAAUUAUUCUCCUCCCCCUCGUCCUCAAUAUUAUCAUUUCUCUGAAAGUUUCUGUGUAUAUACAGAGAGUCUCUUGCUAUUCUCCGAUGACAUUAAGGAUUGGGAUAAGAAGAAGAAAACUGGCCAAGAAUGUUUUGAACAACAUGAUGAUGUUGCCAAAGAUUAGAAUGACAAUGGGGUCAAAUAAAGGAAGAGAAUAUGGAGCAAGCAUAUUAGUGAACAAAGAACAUACAGGCGAACAACUUAGACUUGUAAAUAAAUCGUAGGGUUCACAAGUUGAGCAUGAAGAAGAUCGAAAAACUUCAAUCUUAUUUUGCUUUGGAAGUAUGAUUUUCUUUCCAAAUUUCACCUUGUUAGCUAUGCUGUGGACACUAAUAACAGUCUUGUGUAGCUGUUUCUUUCCCUGUUUCUCCUUGGCUUCUAUCCAAGUAUCAUUACAAAAAAGACUACUUAACUUACUAGCUCCUUCCAUUUUCAUUUGGUUGUUUAAUAGCUUAAAUGUUAAAGAACAAUCAUGUUAGAA